AUGUCAGGCACUCUAUGUAUGAACCGGUUAUCCGAGGAGAGGAAGCAAUGGCGACGCGACCAUCCCUUCGGCUUCUUCGCAAAGCCCAUGCGCGGCGCAAACGGCAUGAUGGACCUAAAGAAAUGGGACUGCGGCGUACCCGGCAAAGAAAAGACAAUCUGGGAAGGCGGGCUGUUCAAGCUAGAAGUCUCGUUUCCGGAUGAGUACCCUACCAAGCCACCCAAGUGCAAAUUCGUACCCCCACUGUUCCACCCAAACGUCUACCCUUCGGGCACGGUUUGUCUCUCGAUUCUCAAUGAGGAAGAGGGGUGGAAACCUGCGAUUACGAUCAAGGAUAUUCUGCUGGGCAUUCAGUCGCUGCUGGAUGAGCCGAACCCGGAGUCGCCUGCGCAGGCCGAUGCGUUCAAUUUGUUCAAGAAGGAUCGGACAGCAUACGAAAAGAAGGUUAAGAACAUCGUGAAGGAGAAUCCUGCGCCUUAGGUGGUCGUGCCGGAGGAGGAGGUCGUCCCCGAUGGGUUCGCCCGCCCGCCGUCCGUGGUGUUCAUGGAAAGAUGGCGUCGGGGCGUGGCUGCGGCGGCGACGGCUCGAGACAUGGCUAUGCACAUACGGCGAGAGGACUGAGGGGUGUCGCUAGGGAUCACGCUCCGGCGUGGCGCAUACCAGGCGUUCAGAGGCGCAUUGCUUUAUACUGAGCAAAGUACCGAUUGGGAUUUAUGAUACCUGCUCUCCUAUCAUGGCUGGACAGCGAGGAGACAUUCGUAAAUGAGGAAAUGAUUACUAUUCUAAUUCCAUGUGCCUCCAAUUGCACAUCAA